CAGAGAAGAAAACCAACCCAUGCCGUUUCUGUACUUCUGUCUUUCUUAAUGUUCUCGGUUUGUAGGCACGACCACGUGUAGAGUAGGACAUUUUAAUUAAUUGCACAGUGACCGUUUGAGAUUUUCAGAAACACCAUAAUUAUGGUGAAACUAGUAAAGGCAGCUAAAAAGCAGGCAGCCCCGCCGAAGAAGAAGGCUCCGCCACCUCCCAAAGAAGUUGAGGAGUCUAGUGAUGAAGACAGUGAUGAAGAAGAGGUACCACCACCUAAAGUAGCAAAAAAGACUGCUCCAGUGAAGGCAGUAAAAAAUGGCAAGGCUGCUAAGGAGGAAAGUAGCAGCGAUGACGAUGAUUCAGAAGAGGAGGAGCCUCCUAAGAAAGUAGCCACACCAGCUAAAAAACCAGCACCUCCAGCUAAGGUGGCGGAGUCUGAUGACGACGAAGACGAUGAUGACGAUUCUGAUGAAGAAGCCCCGCCCCCGAAAAAGACCCCUGCUAAAGCACCUGCCAAGCCAGCAGCUAAAGCAGAGGAAUCAGACGAGGACGAGGACGACGACGAUUCAGAUGAAGAGGAAGAAGUAGCACCACCCCCCAAGAAAACUCCAGUGAAGCCAGCGGCUAAAAAGGCAGAGGAGUCCUCCUCCGACGAUGAUGAUGAUGAUGAUGAUGAUGAGUCGGAGGAGGAAGCCCCACCAGCCAAAAAGGCAACUCCAGCCAAGCCUGCUGCCAAGGCAGCUCCAGCAAAGGCAGCCCCUGCAAAAGAAGAGUCUGAUGACGAUGACGAUGAUUCGGAUGAGGAGGAAGAAAUGGACACAACCCCUGCAGCACCAGCAAAGAAAGCUGGUAUGGUGAAGGCUAAGGAGGAAUCUGAGGAGGAGGAUGAUGAUGAUGAUGAUGAUGAUGAUGACGAGGAAGACGAAGCUCCAGUCACACCUGGCAAGAGGAAAGCAGAUGCCAAGAAGGAUACCCCUCCAGCUAAAAAGGCCAAAUCAGAUGGGGAAGCUUUUAAACUGUUCGUUGGCAAUUUGAACUCCAAUAAAGACUUUGAUGAACUCAAGGAUGCCAUGGCGAAGUUCUUCUCUAAAGCAGGUCUUGAGAUUCAGGAUGUGCGACUUGGUGGAUCAAGGAAAUUUGGCUAUGUUGAUUUUGCUUCUGAAGAAGACCUGCAGAAAGCCAUGGAGCUCAAUGGCAAAAAACUCCUGGGCCUGGAAGUGAAGCUGGACCGGGCUAAAAGCAAGGAGAACUCCCAGGGUGACAAGAAAGAGAGAGAUUCGAGAACACUGUUUGUAAAGAACCUUUCAUAUCACAUCACACAAGAUGACUUGAAGGAGGUUUUUGAUCAGGCAGUUGAUAUUAGGAUACCACAAGGCCAGAAUGGACAAAACAGAGGCAUUGCUUUCAUCGAGUUCAAGUCGGAGGAUAUUGCUGAAAAGAUGAUGGAGGAAGCCCAAGGUUCAGAAAUCCAAGGCCGUUCCAUUAUGCUCGAUUUCAUUGGCGACAAGAGUAGGCAAGGUGGCAAAUCACAACAAGGUGGUUCUGCAUCUUCAAGCAAAACUCUUGUUGUAAAUAACUUGGCCUACAGUGCAACAGAAGAUACUCUGCAGAGUGUAUUUGAAAAGGCCGUUUCUAUAAGGGUACCACAGAACAAUGGAAGAGCUAAAGGAUUUGCUUUUGUGGAAUUUGAGACUGUCGAUGAAGCAAAAGAGGCAAUGGACUCACUGAACAACACAGAAGUAGAAGGAAGGAACAUUAGAUUAGAAUUCAGUCAGCAGAGCAGACAAAAACCAGAUUUUGGCAAAGGAGGCUCUGGUCCCACAAAAACCCUUAUUGUGAAAGGCUUGUCGGAGGACACGACGGAAGAGUCGUUGAGGGAGUCCUUUGAGGGAGCAGUCACAGCCAGAGUUGUCACAGACCGCGACACGGGAGCAUCAAAAGGCUUUGGCUUUGUGGAUUUUGAAUCUGAAGAUGAUUGCAAAGCUGCCAAGGAUGCCAUGGACCAUGGUGAAAUCGAUGGCACCAAGGUGACGCUGGACUACGCCAGGCCCAAAGGCGAGGGAGGCUUUGGUGGCCGUGGAGGUGGUCGAGGAGGUUUCGGUGGGCGGGGCGGCGGCAGAGGAGGAUUUGGUGGCCGUGGGGGUGGUUUUGGUGGCCGUGGCGGUUUUGGAGGAAGAGGAGGCAACCGAGGAGGCGGACGAGGAGGCAGAGGAGGUGGAGGAAGAGGCGGCGGUGGAGGAUUCGGAAAGCCACAGGGAAAGAAGAUUAAAUUUGAUGAUUAAGCAUCAAAGUCCUUUUUUUAUGUUUGUCGAUUUUGAAUGGACUCUGUUUUCAUCACCAUGUUUAUGCUGACGGAGCCUUUUGGACAUUCCAAGAAGUGUCAUCAUUUGAACUGUAAUGGGCCUAGUUGCUGCAAUGGCCUAAUAUCCACCUAGACACCCAUCCCUACCGCUACCCUUUCUGAGCAGAGAAUGAAUUCAGAAAAAACCCUCCACCAUGUGCGUUGUCUUGCUGUACAAUAUCUUCUGUUUUUUCCCUUCUUUGUUUAAAGUUCAUUUUUUAUUUUGUUUUUCCCAUUAGUUAUUGUUUUACUUGUAAAUGUGAAACAUAUUGAAAAUUAAAUUAGCCCUGUUUGUUCUGGGCAUUUAGAAUCUGGAACUAUGUGUAAUGUCAUGUUUUGUGUUUUAAAGUAAUUAUGAGGUGGUACAGUUGUUUCCUCCAAAGCAUUUGUGGGAAGAUAUUUUGAUAGUAGUUUGUGUAGCCUAUGGGCUAAUCUUUAAACUAAAAGCUUUUCAAAAAUGUAAAACUUAAAUAAAACUAAAGUUAUGAUUUUUAUCUA